AUGCCCGCCCUCUCCCCGACCAUGACGGAGGGCAGCAUCGCCAGUUGGAAGGUCAAGGAGGGUGAAUCCUUCUCCGCCGGCGACGUGCUCCUCGAGAUCGAGACGGACAAGGCUACCAUGGACGUCGAGGCCCAAGACGACGGCGUCAUGUUCAAGAUCACCACCGGCGACGGCGCCAAGGCCGUCCAGGUCGGCACCCGUAUCGCCGUCAUCGCCGAGCCCGGUGACGACCUCUCCUCUCUCGAGGUUCCCGCCGAAGACAACAACACCUCCUCCUCUUCGAAGCCCGUCCCGGCCGCCGAGAAGUCGGCACCCAAGAGCGACGGCCCCGCGGCGGCAUCGGCUCCCGCGCAGCAAAAGGGUGGCGCGGCCAAGACCUCCGGUUCCAAGGCCCGCGAGCAGCGAUACCCCCUCCUCCCCUCCGUCCAGGCCCUCGUCAACGGCCACGGCCUCGGCAAGGACGCCGUCAACCAGAUUGAGCCCACGGGCCCCAACGGCCGCCUCCUCAAGGGCGACGUCCUCGCCUACCUGGGCACCAUCAACGCCGAAACCCCCUCCAAGAUUAUGAACCGCGCCGUCAAGAUGUCCCACCUCGACCUAAGCAACAUCAAGGUCGCGCCCAAGAAGGAGGCCCCGGCACCCAAGAAGGCCGAGGCCGCCGCCGCCGCGCCCGCCGCCCCCGUCGACUCCGAGGUCGCCCUCCCCGUCUCCCUCGCAAAGGUCCUCGAGGCCCAGAAGCGCAUCCAGUCCACCCUCGGCGUCUUCAUGCCCGUCUCCACCUUUGUCGCCCGCGCCGCCGAGGUCGCCAACGACGACCUGCCCCCCUCGGCCCGCAAGGCCACCGCCGACGAGCUCUUCAACCAGGUCCUCGGCCUCGACAAGCUGGCGCCCCGCGGCUCCCGCGGAUACUACCUGCCUCAGAUCUCCGCUCUGCCCGAGUCUUCGCUCCUAGCGCCCCGCGCGUCCAAGAGAUCGUCCUCGGCUGAUAUCAUCGACUUGCUCGCCGCGCCCGCCAAGAAGGCCGUCCCCGCUAAGAAGCCGGUCGCUGCUCACCACACCCCUGGCAUGUCGUCCGGAAGCAACCUGUUCACCGUGACGGUGCCGCAGGGCGAUGAGAAACGCGCCAAGGUGUUUUUGGAGAGGGUCAAGGUGAUUUUGGAGGAGGAGCCUGGCAGACUUGUUCUGUGA